GGGAUAUUAUGAAAGGUUUCGCCUGAGUGUUGCCUGUCUGAACAACCUUUCACUGAGGACAGCUCAGCUUCCACCUUCCUGCCCAGAGUGGGGGGGCCAGCAGCCUGGAACAUGGCGGACUCCGAAGAAGGCUUCGGGCUCCCAGCCACGCCGGGCGAUUCAGACACGAAGGAGCUGGCUAGCGACGGGAAGCCAGAGAGCCAGCUGGGGGCCAGCAGCAAGCAGCCUUCCUCGCCCCAGGCCGCCUUCACCCAACAGGGCAUGGAGGGCAUCAAAGUGUUUUUGCACGAGCGAGAAUUAUGGCUCAAAUUUCAUGACGUGGGAACCGAAAUGAUUAUAACCAAAGCUGGAAGACGCAUGUUCCCCAGCUACAAAGUGAAAGUCACAGGACUCAACCCCAAAACGAAGUACAUUCUGUUGAUGGAUAUUGUCCCCUCUGAUGACCACAGAUACAAAUUUGCAGAUAAUAAAUGGUCAGUGACUGGGAAAGCUGAACCUGCCAUGCCAGGAAGACUGUACGUCCACCCAGACUCUCCAGCCACUGGGGCCCAUUGGAUGAGGCAGCUGGUUUCCUUCCAAAAACUCAAGCUGACGAACAAUCAUCUUGACCCAUUUGGCCACAUCAUCCUCAAUUCUAUGCACAAAUACCAGCCCAGACUCCAUAUCGUCAAAGCAGACGAGAACAAUGGAUUCGGCUCGAAAAACACGGCCUUCUGCACCCAUGUCUUUCCGGAGACAGCUUUUAUCGCUGUGACCUCCUACCAGAAUCAUAAGAUCACCCAGCUCAAGAUUGAAAACAAUCCCUUUGCAAAAGGAUUUAGAGGCAGUGAUGACAUGGAGCUGCACAGAAUGUCAAGGAUGCAGAGCAAGGAAUACCCAGUGGUCCCCAGGAGCACCAUCCGGCAGAAAGUGGCCUCCAGCCACAGCCCUUUCAGUGGUGAGACCCGGGCACUCUCUGCCUCUUCCAACCUUGGACCUCAGUUCCAGUGCGAAAACGGCGUGUCCAGCACUUCUCAGGACUUGCUCCCGCCUGCCAACCCGUACCCUGCAUCACAGGACCACAGCCAGAUAUACCACUGCACCAAGAGAAAAGAUGAAGAAUGUCCUACCACGGACCAUCCUUACAAAAAGCCCUACAUGGAAACGUCUCCUCCAGAAGAAGAGUCUUUCUAUCGUUCUACCUACUCCCAGCAGCAGGGACUGAAUGCCAGUGCGUACAGGACCGAGUCUGCUCAACGCCAAGCCUGCAUGUACGCCAGCUCUGCGCCACCCACGGAGCCCGUGCCCAGCCUAGAAGACAUCAGCUGCAACACCUGGUCUGCCGUGCCACCCUACAGCAACUGUACAGUGACUGCCAUGCAGCCCAUGGACAGGCUGCCUUACCAACAUUUCUCAGCCCAUUUCACCUCCGGCCCCCUCAUGCCCCGCCUUGCUACGGUCGCCAAUCAUACCUCAUCCCAAAUCGGGGAGACACACACCAUGUUCCAGCACCAAACCGCUGUCCCUCACCAGCCCAUCAUCCGGCAGUGUGGACCUCAAACAAGCAUCCAGUCGCCUGCGAGCAGCUUACAGCCGGCAGAGUUCCUUUAUUCUCACGGGGUGCCCCGAGCCCUCUCCCCUCACCAAUACCAUUCUGUGCACGGGGUGGGCAUGGUGCCAGAAUGGAGCGAGAACAGCUAACAAGGCAAUCAAAGGGAGAGAAUUUGCUGGGGAGGUUUCACUGCCAGCUAAGGGUGGGUUGUUGUUGUUUUUGCAAGACUUGCUUUAA